AUGGCAUGGCUCCUACUCUGGCUCGUUGACAAGCUCAUGUUGUUCUUGUCAUGGUUGGUUCUUGGAAACAUUGAAAAAUAUGGCCUAAAAAGACCUUCAACAGGACCAUUAACGCUGAAAAACACAGAAGGAAAGACCCCAGUUUUAGAUAUUGGAACAUUAGAGAAGAUCAAAUCCGGAGAUAUUACAGUCGUUGCCGGAAUCAAGAGAUUCACACGCAACCAAGUUGAACUCGUCGAUGGCGAAACUCUCGACAUUGACUCAGUCAUUCUCGCUACUGGUUAUCGCGGCAACGUUCCUUCAUGGCUUCAGGAAGGUGAAUUUUUCUCCAAAAAUGGAUUCCCCAAAUCCCCAUUUCCACAAGGUUGGAAGGGAAAUGCUGGUCUUUACGCAGUUGGGUUCACAAGGAGAGGGCUCUCUGGUGGUUCCUCAGAUGCCAUGAGAAUAACUCAAGAUAUUGGCAAGGUCUGGAAACUUGAAACCAGACAACAGACCAAGAGAGCCACUGCUUGUCACAGACGUUGCAUAUCUCAAAUGUGA